CGCUUUUGGCCGUCGGAAAAGCACUUAAGUCGUAAAAGUCGGUGGCCUUUUCCACCAUGUUUCUUCGUUUUUCACCUUCCAUUUCCAACUUUUCUUCCUCCUCUCCUCUGUUCCUUCAAUCAUUUCUCAUAUUUUGAACAUCAAUUUUUUCAAAAAGAUUCCAUUAACCUCAAUCUAAAUUCGAAUCCAUCAUCCUUCUCUUCAUCUUCUGUUCAUAAUCACCGCUUGAAGAUCUCCUCUACUCGCCACUUCACUCUCCUCUGCUUCGUUCUACGCGUUUUUGUUCGGAUCAUAAUACUCUUUUGUCUCUAUGAUCAAGUUCAUUUGAACAGAGCGCUACCUGAUCUGCUGUCUGAAUCGAGUAUGAUUUGAUCCAGUGGAAUCGCGUUUGCUUCAGUAGUUUUUCUAUGGAGGCUAUUCGGAAGCAAGCCAGUAAAUUCAGGGAACAGGUUGCGAAGCAGCAACAGGCCUUGAUGAUAAAAUUAGGGCAUUUCGGUACGGAACCAGUCUUGGCUGAUGAAACUGAGAUUCAGUGCCAUCAGCAGCUUCAUAAUCUUUACAAUUCCACCAGGGCAGCUAAGCAUUUUCAGAAGAAUAUUGUUCGAGGCAUUGAAGGUUUUAUUUCUGUGAGUUCAAAGCAAAUGGCGAUCGUGAGGAGGUUAGCUGAUGAUUGUAGCAAAUAUGGAGCCAAUAAUCAGAGUAGCUGUCCGGCCCUUGCAUCGGCUGUUCUUAAUUUCAGUACGUCGCAUAAUUCAAUUGAAGAUGAGAGGGAAGCUUUACUUGGAAUCCUGGGUGAUCAGGUAUGUGAACCUCUACGGGCACAAAUAACAGGGGCACCUUUGGAGGAUGCCCGUCAUUUAACUCACCGUUACGAUAAACUGCGUCAAGAAGUGGAAAUCCAGGCAGCUGAAGUUUUGCGACGCCAAGCUAAGUCAAGAGACUCUUCUAUUUCGGCAGAGAGUGCCAUGAGGCUUCAAAAUGCAGAAGCAAGAUUAACUGAACUUAAAUCUACAAUGAUGGCACUAGGUAGAGAAGCAACCACUGCUAUGCAAUCGGUUGAGUCGCAACAGCAACAAGUAACUUAUGAAAGACUUCGUACCAUGGUGGACGCUGAGAGAUCUUACCACCAACAUGCCCUUACUAAUUUAGAUAGGCUGAAUGAUGAGUUGAUUCUGCUGGCGCAAUCAGAUGGGUCUUUGUCAACUGCCAUUGCGACCGACACAGAUACAGAACCCGCAAUUAGAAAUGGAGAAGAACAUGAUCAACCAUCUGAAUACAAAGAAACGACAUCGAAGAAGUCUGAUGCUCGUGGCCCUCUUGAUGAAAAUAAGGACUACAUUCUUGCAAAAGUUAUUCACCCAUUUGAUGCUCAAGCAGAAGGCGAGUUAAGUUUAUCCAUCGACGAUUAUGUCAUACUUCGUCAGGUGUGGCCUAACGGAUGGUCCGAAGGAGAAUGCAAAGGAAAAGCUGGUUGGUUUCCCUCUGCAUAUGUCGAGAAACAAGAAAACGUAUCGACGAAAGAUAUAUCCCAAGUACAAUCGACUUCUCGAUCUUUAUCUCGCUCUAAAUCCCCAUAAAGCUCCCUGCUUAUUACAUAUUCCGUCAUGUACCAUUGCGGCUGCUAGUGUUCAUGUGUGAUAUUUAUCAUGUUCAAUCCCAACUCUCUCUCUUUUUUCUUAAAUGUGCCGAAGAGGAUGUGUUUUUUGUUGAGUAAAAAAAAGUAGAUGUAUGUAAUUGUUAAUUAGAAUAUCAUUAUCAUUAGCAUUAUUAUUGUUCAGUCUGUGUCUGUAUUAGAGAUUUUGAAUUGAGUCUGUAUUAUUCCUUAAUUUGUCAUUAUUAUUUAUUUGGUUGAUAUAUUGAUACUCAAGUUGAAAUUGUAGUUGGUGUAAUCCUAAUUGUAGAUGAAUCUCAAACCUCUCUUGCCAAAA